UAUUUUCUCAACAAUUCAAUUAGCAUUCAGGAAUAAUUUUCUGGGUUCUGGAACUGAGAUAGGCCUCGUGGCUAUUACAUGUCUGCGUGCCCGCGUCUUUGUCAAAUAAUUUAGAUAUUAUGAUGUAGAAAACGAUCCCGUUCAGGCCUUCAGAUUUCUUCCUUUUCUAUAUCUAUCUACUCUAUUAAUUAACUUGGAUAACUUACGAUUUUCGGGAAAGUGUUGCUACCUGAUUAGGUUUUCUUCUGUUCUGGUUGAGCGAUUUCCGUUCCAAAAAUUUGUCUUGCUUGCGAGUAAAGUUUCUUGUUUAUCUUUUUAAUUUUGUUUGCUGUGAGAGUCAAUUACAAAUGACGAAAUUCAUGGAAGGAGCUGGACGUCUCGUUCCGACGGUUGUAAUAAAAUUCCCGCAAAUUACCACUACUAUGUUGGAUGUUUUGUCUUUCGAGUCGAGAACGACUGGACGCACGCUAUUUCUGCGCGUGCCCUCACCUUCCAUCUCCUAUAAUGAUAGCGAUACAAUAAUUAGAAGCCCUCACAGUCCCAGUCCCAAAUUUUGUACGUAUUUAAUGCCACUGAUUUGCACUGUUUCUGUGAACCCAGGUUUUCUACUUCACCUCAUCAUCUCACUUCCCACCAGCUUACAAAAUGGCGAAUCCUAUGGGUCAUACAACUAAAAGUAUGAAGAAAACAGAAUCCAGAAAGUCACAUUCAUGGUGGUGGGAUAGCCACAUUAGCCCCAAGAAUUCGAGGUGGCUGGCAGAAAAUCUCGAAGAAAUGGAUUGUAGCGUCAAGCGAAUGCUGAAGCUGAUUGAAGAAUAUGGAGAUUCAUUUGCCAAAAAGGCUGAGAUGUAUUAUCAGAAGAGGCCAGAACUUAUAUCUCAUGUCGAAGAGUUCUACCGCAUGUAUCGUUCAUUGGCGGAGCGUUAUGAUCAACUGAUGGGAGAAUUGAAGAAGAAUAUUCCAUCAAACCUCCAACCUCAGGGCUCUAGCAUCUCUGACAUUGGUUCUGAAUUGCCCUCUCUUUGGCCUUCCCUGGAUCAAAAGCUGAGUCGUCGCAAAUUUCGCCCGCGAGCUGCUGGUUUCGAUGUCUUCCUUGGUUCUGGUGGGAGCAGCUCUGAUGUAUACCAGAAAGAAGGAGAUGAGUCAUCUUCUCUUUUAGAUUCUGAACCAGAAUUUGAUGAUUCCUCAGUCAAUAAUUACUCAGUUUUGUCGGGGAAUGGGGCUGACCAAGGGGUGAAGAAAAUGAUUGAAUUGGAGAUUGAGCUCCAUGAAGUGAAAGAGAAGCUACAGGUGUUGGAGGAAAAGAAUACAGAUGGCUCACUAGCAGGAUCAAAAAAUGAUAACUUUGAUCUUCUUGCUAGAAUUGGAGAGUACGAGGAAGAACUAAAUAUUGCUAACAAAAAAAUACAGCUUUCUGAAGAAAAAAUUACUUUGUUAAGGAUUGAGCUCCAAAAAUAUAAGCCGCAGGAAACAGCUGAGGAUGAAUCCUCAGAAGAGGAAAGUGUCAAGAUGCACAGGGUUGAGCUGGAGAUACAGGUAAAUCAGGCAUCAGAGCCUCAAGAAAUGAUUGGUGUAUUAAAGAAAGAAACUCAACACCCAGAUGGCAAACUGCAAGUACUGGUGGAAGAGGUGAGAAUCACAAAAGAAAUGGUCUGGAAUUUUGAGAAAGAAAUUGCUAGUUUGAAGCUUGAGAAGAAACAAUCCGAUGAAAAAAUUCAAAAUUUGCGGGCUCAACUUGAUACGGCACAAAGAGAGAUAACAACAUGGAAAUUCAAACUGAAUACAGAGAAAAGAGAGGUCUUCAAGCUGCAGGAAAGAAUGGCUAGGUUAAAGACUAGUUUAUCAGACAGAGAUCAUGAGAUCAGGGAUUUAAAGAUAGCUGUAUCUGAUGCUGAGGAGAAGAUUUUUCCAGAAAAGGCUCAUAUUAAAGCUGAAAUAGCAAAAUUGUUGGAGAAGCGGACUUGUUUGGAGGACCAGCUCAGAGAAUGGGAAUCACAUGGCCGUUCCAUGGAGGAGGAGAUCAGAAAAGCUGUGAACGAGAAGAGAGAAUCGGAGGAAAGGUUUCACAGUGAAAUUGAGCUGUUAAAAAUGGAGAUUGCUAAGAGAGGUGAUUGCCUUAAAACUUUAAAUGAAAACAUUGAGACUUUAAAAUCAGAGAUAGACGAGCAUAAGGCCCAAGUUGAUUCACUCAGAACAGAGGUUCGUUCGAGGGAUGGUCAGAUUGAUCAAAUGGACAAGCAUCUACGCCAAUUACAUAUGGAACACGUGGAGCUAAUCGCUAGCGCUCAAAGAGCACAUAAACUAGUGGAGGAAUUGCGAGCAAGAGCUAAGGAACUCAAGGAUGAGACUGAGAAGCAAAGAAUUGCACUAUUGGAAGGAGCAGAGGAGAAACGUGAAGUUAUAAGGCAACUUUGCUUCUCCCUUGAGCAUUACAGAAAUGGAUAUCAUAUGCUUCGGCAAGCAUUUAUCGGGCACAAGAGAGUUCCAGUGUUGGCGACAUGAAUUGGCAAUGUUGCAUGGCACUGUUGCCUCCAUUCUUUUGUUUUUUUUUUUUUUCUAAGUGAGAGUCCCUAGAUUUUCUUACUAUUUCCUGAAGGUGGCUUUGCUCAUAUCCCAUUGCUUGUGUAAUGAGGAUACAUAAAACAGAAGUGCCCUUACUUUGAAGGAUGUAGAGUGGUUUGGGUGAGUAUAAAAAUUUUCAUAGAAAGGUUGGACUUUGCAGAAA